UACGCGCAGGAACCGACCCUUGGAGGAACCCACCUUCGGAGGAACCGUGUAAUUAUCACAUACACAGCAGUUGACGUGGACCAUGUGGGGUUUUCGUCACCGUGUGUGCGCGUUGUCGACAUGCAACGAGGCCGUGUACAAGGACCCCCGAACCGGGCAGGAGCACGACUUCUGCGGAAGGACUCACGCCACUUUGUUUAAACAGCAGCAGCAGCAGCUCCAGCACCAGAAGGCGGCGACCCUCAGGCCGGACCGAUAUAUGCUGGUAACCACGGCCGUGCUUCCAUCGGGCGCCGGGAGGAACCAGCACAAAAGCAACCGCAGGCCAAGCGGAACGCACACCUCUGCUGGGUAUAACCAUGGUCACCCGACCGCUGCUGCUGCCAAUGGAGUAGGAACGGUAGCGUUGCCACCUGCUACGCAACAGAAGCUUCCCAUCAAUCAGCACACCCCGAAAGUGCCGCAAGCAUUGAGGGUAACGGAUACGAUGGUGUUAUUCUGGAACCCGCCGUGUGUGUUCACGCAGUGGGAACCGGCCCUCUUCGAAGUUGACGGGGUAAAAUACUGCAGCGCGGAGCAAUACAUGAUGGCAUGCAAGGCGAACGUUUUCGGCGAUACCAACAUUUGGAAGAAAAUCAUGAGCACGAGCGAUCCUGCACAACAGAAACGGCUCGGGAAAGAGGUCGCCAAUUAUGAUCACGGCAUUUGGAACCUGUGCAAGGUUCAGUUUGUGCUCACGGGAAACUACAGCAAAUUCACGCAGAAUCCCGGCAUGUGCGACCAACUUCUUGCAACCGGAGACAAGAUGCUAGCGGAAGCUAGUCAGCAUGACAAGGUGUGAGGGAUCGGGAUGGACGCAUUUGAUCCCAACGUGGAACAUCAUGAGUA